AUGGUCAUAGAAUGGAAAACAAGUAAAAUAUCAAAUAUUGAAAACCAUUCUGAAAAACAUUUUGAAGAAUAUUUUGAAAACUAUGACACUGAUAAUGAAAUUCUUUCUGUUCAAAAUAUAACUACAUCUCUUCUAAAAAAAAGAACUUCUAAAAUUUAUCAAUAUUUUACUUAUGGAACUAAUGAAAA